CAAUCUCAUCGGACACAUUAGUUGUAUUUUACUUUGUUGUACUUUAUAUUUACAUUAACAACAGUAAUACAGCUGCUUUGGAGGUGUUUUCCGACAAGCUUGCUCUGCACUGAGUGUAUAAAACUGAUCUUGGUCCCCGGAUGGCUGAAUAGAGUAGAACAAUCCAGUAGGCAGAGUGGACAACCCAAACACGGACGGUUAGCAGACAACUAUCAAACAACGGCGGCCUGACAGCCAUUUAAAUUGACAGAUUAUCUUCACCGGUAAACAAUGUGACCAAGUGAGAAGGACGCCGUGCUGAGGACUGUCAGAAACACAUGACAACCAACUUUGGUUGUUCUGAGAGGCGCACCAUGGCAUCUCAGCCGAGUGCAUACAAUGAAGAAAGGAACCUUCUUCGCCUCCGAGCAUGGGAACAGAGGAACCAAGAAACAAGUCAAGCCAAAGAACUCCACUCUGAGAAUGUGCCUCUCUUUGGAGAACCGUACAAGACAAACAAAGGGGAUGAGCUUUCCAAUCGAAUCCAGAGGAUGCUGGGCAAAUAUGAAGAUGUGAAUAAUCCUCAUCCCCUUACCAUGGAGCCUUUACUCAUUCCCACCUUCUCACAGUCAGAUCAGGGUCAGCCAAACACAGACAACCCAGCCAAACCUCCAUUCCAUAACCAGGUCCAGUGCGUGUCCACCCAAAGUGAGAAAGCCCCCUCGAGUAGUGGUUACUCCUCUCAGCCCACGAGGACCUCCACAGCCUCUUCUUCUCUUAACCAUCACGGGCAGUCAUCCACUUUCUCAAAUGCGCCUUUGAACCACAGUCAGCCCAGCCACUCAGCACAUCAACAAAAGAAGAGUGACGCCCACUCAGAUCUCAGGGAGCGAAUCAGUCUUUUUCAGGAAAUGUGUUCUCAGUCUCCUGAUGCUAAGCCGCUACCCUUCUUACGUUCAGGUGACCAAGAUAACAUUGACACGGACACUAAGGACGCCUUUGAUAGACGUAAGCACCAGGGGACCACAGACCACCCAUCUGAGUGUGCCAAUACCCUGGAUGUUUCCACAUUUAACCUAAAGCAGUCCCCGAAAGAUGCAUCUCUGCUUCAAGCCAACAAGGGUAACGCACUACCCUCCCAGACCUUCCCUUCACUCCUGUCUAAGCAGCCCAGUGUAGUCAUGACCCAGAAGCCAACAGCGUAUGUGCGUCCCAUGGAUGGUCAGGACCAGGUGGUCAGCGAGUCACCUGAGUUAAAGCCUUCACCAGAGCCAUAUGUGCCUCUACCAGAGUUGAUCAGCAAAUCUGACCUAGGCAAAACGAAGAUUCUGCCUCAGUUUUUGGAAACGAAGACAAAUGAAGCUCAGUGUGUCGAGGACAUACUAAGGGAAAUGACCCGCUUAUUGCCCCCCCUUCUGACAGCUUUACACACACCUAGCACAGGUGAACCCUCCAAGUCCCCAUUCCCUGCAAAGGAAGCAGACCGUGUCCCUUCAUGUCCAGGACAAAAAAACCGUGACUCAUCUCCUGCAGGUCCACCGCAGCAUGUCCAGCAGAGCUCCUCAGAUUCGUUUGAAGCAGCACAUUCCAGAGGGGUGGAGUCCUCCAGCUCCAGCGACUCAGAGAGUAGCUCGAGAUCGGAGUCGGACAGUGAAAGCACCACAGAGGAGCCACCUCAACGCUCAGUGAGCAUCUCAGUGAAAACAGAGCCUGAAGCUCCUUCAGUGACCCAUGUUGAUUGGCAGUUGGGGAACUGGAUCAGGUCCAGCCAGCAGAACUCCAGCACUGAAAGUCAAACCAGUAGACAUGCCUCUGAGAGCCCCGCCCUCAAACAGCCGCCGCCCACUCAGAGCUCCAAGCUCUCCAGUGUAGAAGUGGUUGACCCCACCAGGGAGUGUAAACCUGAGCUUUCUUCCCACCAGAAAGAGUUCACUGAUGGCCUUGGAAAGCCCCAGCAGUACAACAAAAGCCCUCAGGACAGCUUUAACCAGCUAAGUAGCAAAAAAUCCCCCUCUGCUGAUUUGAGCAGCUGUAGCAGGAACCUUGCAUGCACCACGUAUUCCUCAAAACCAGCAAAGACAGGCUGCACUGAAGCAGCCCUCGGCGUGAAGUGUGAGGAGGUUGUAGCCACGCGAGACAAAGACCCGUGUUUCACAGAUAGGCCCAAGGUAAAGACGAAAUCAGGACACAGCAAGAAAAGCAAAGACAGCAGUGAAGCUAAAAAAGACAGUAAGAGGACUUCUAAACGCACGUCACUUGACAAGCGGAAGACGGGAUCAGAGCCUGAAGCCGCGUCGGUCAGGUACGGUCAUUGUCCAUCAUGUGGUGUGCAGUAUCCCAACCCCUGCUCCUGCUCCGCCCAAAGUCCUGCUCGGCCUGACCAGCUGUCUCCUACACCACUCAGAAUCAGUGGUAGCAAACCAAAGUCUGAGACCGUCUGCCAGAAGGGCACAACGAUUCCUCACAAAACAACCCACAAGCACCUGCAGAAAACUGGGCAUGCAGCCAAGAGUUCCCGACACCCCCACAGGCCUCCGAGAUCUCUGGUGGUGAAGAUAGAUCUAAGUUUGCUCUCAAAAGUCCCCCAGACCUCCAGCAACCAACAAGACAUACCCAGUGAUGCAAAGAGAUCAGCGCUGGUCAUAGGGCCAGCUGGAGGAGGCAGCGAUGCUUCUACCGUACUGAAACUUCCUAAAAACAGCAAAAAGAGUAUACCUCAAAAUGUUGAGGUAGAUAAAGCUAUUCCCAGGAAGAAACCGAGGCUGGAAAACAAGAAUACCUCAACAAGUCAUACUUCUGUUAAACUGGAAAAUUCCAGCAACUCGGCGGAGGACCUGGGCCGAAAGAAGGCCAAGAAAAAUCCCGUUCCUGUGCAGCAGCCUCUGGCGCCCAAAGACAACGCUAAAGACUCAAAGUUACACAAACACAGUUCUGUGGAGACCCCGGAGACCAGUAAGGAGGCUGGAAAAAGCAAAGACUCCCACAGGCACAAGAGGAGUAGAGGGAAACACACGGAGAAGCCACACUUUGUAAAGAAGCCCCCAAAGAGUAGCAUUGCUGUCCCACCAUCUUCACAGCCCACCAGGGGGGCACUGACCAACAGGCCUUUGCUCAUAUUUGAGGACAGGCAGUAUCCAGUGAAGCACUACAUAAAGGAGGCCAAAAAACUGAAGCACAAAGCAGAUGCAGAGUCAGAUAAGCUCAGUAAAGCUUUCAACUACCUGGAUGCAGCCAUGUACUUUGUUGAAAGUGGCAUUGCCAUGGAAAAAGAUCCACAGAUUUCAAUGUCUUCCUACACUAUGUUUGCAGAGACCGUGGAACUACUCAAGUUUGUACUGAAACUUAAAAACUCAGUGGAUCCAUCUGCUCCACCAUCAGAAAAGGACUUUCUAGCUUUAUGUCUGAAGUGCCAGUCUCUCCUGCAUAUGGCUAUGUUUCGCCACAAACACAAAACGGCCCUCAAGUAUUCAAAGACCCUCACUGAUCACUUCAAUAACUCUGCUCAGAAAACACACGAUCCUUCUGUCUUAACAUCAAAGGUCUCAGACACCCCGUCCCCCAGGCCCAGCAUGCCAUCUCCAGCCAGCACAGGUCCUGGUUCCAACCACAGUGGCAGCGGACCGACUGUGGACACUGUCGGCAGCACCGUGGGAGUUCCACAGGCCAUUGAACGAGUGGCAUUCACCUAUAUCAACAUCACUACGUUAUUCCUGAGCGCUCACGACAUGUGGGAACAGGCGGAGGAGCUGGCACACAAAGGCAGUGGUGUACUGACAGAGCUGGACACACUUAUGGGCCCACUUAGCCUGACGUCGAGUAUGAGCUCUGUGGUCCGGUACACGAGACAGGGUGUCCACUGGCUGAGACUGGACAGCCAAAAGGUAAAGUGACCAACAAGCUGCUCCUGCUGCCGGAUGCCUGUAGACCCGUCGAGCUGCCUCUCACUCCUGAACUUGGACCAGUCGUCUUUUUCCCGGCUUCAUAUGGACUUUAACUCAUCUCAUGAAAAAGGUAGACACAGAUUUCAUCUCAUGUGUGUCCACAAGGAUACCACACUGACGAUGGUUUUUCUCUCCUGUCCACAUUGGUGUCUCUUUUUCUUCUCUGGCACUUUCAUAAAUUUUGGUUACUGUUGUAAUUCACAUGUUUCAUGUUGUUGUGCCUGCUUUGUACCUUCCUGUUUUGCAGUUAUCUGAUGUCUUAGAAUCAUUUGCAAAUCAGGGCUUUAUUCAGGAGUGACCUUGAACUAAAUUUCAAAUAUGCCAACAGUAUCAUUUGGUGGCUCUUUGAUUUUACGCAGCCUUAUCACCUGGUUGUGGUACAAGUACAGACUCAGAUCUUAUUUAUUCUAACUUUUGUUAUCAAUGUUGAUAUCAUGAGCGGUAAAACGGCUGUUAAAUUGAAGGCACUUAAAUAUU